AUGUGGCAGGCUACUGUCCGUCGCGUCUCAGAGACAUCUGUUGGUAGCAGUCCAACUGCACUUUCUCUGCUUUUUAGUAGCAUUAAUGGACUUUCACCUUUUGCAAACUCUAGUGGAUGUAGUCGUGCUGGUAAAGAAUCUGACGCAUUAGACACUGAGCCAUGUGCUACCUGUGGCGCUGGGGCUGGCGGUGGCAGUAAAGUUGUUGUAAAACGAUGCCCAAGGUGUCGCGAGGUGGCUUAUUGCGACGUUUUAUGCCAACGACUUCACUGGUUCACUCACAAGCAAUAUUGCCCUAUUCUAAAAAGUAAUUUAUAUUCCCUUGUCUCUCUCGAUCAGAUUGUUUAA